UGAUACGCUUCUGACACAUCAUCAAUCACAGCGACAGCGGUGCUGCGGUGAGGGCCUAACUCUAAUGGGGGGAGAGCUGGGGGGAUAAUAAAGAUGAGAAUUUAGUUACAACGACAGAGCAACGAGCGAACACUUCUCUGAAGCACUCGCUCGGCUCGGAAGUCUCCCUUGUAAGGAAUCAAGAAAUCUUCUCCAGAAAUGAGUAGUCUCUCGUCUCUUACGAGCGGCUGCUGUUGCUCGGUUGGGUGGAGCUCUUCAAGCUUGUUUGUACAGUUAGGGAUUUUCUCAAAUGGACGAGCUGGAUUUAGGGUUUGUUCCAAAAGGAAGUUCAGCCAGAAGAGAUUCCCCAGAGCAUGCUUAUCUUCUUCUGAUCCACUCUUGGUUAAAGCUGCAAGAGGAGACCCUGUUAGUCGUCCUCCAGCAUGGAUGAUGCGUCAAGCAGGAAGGUAUAUGGCUGUUUAUAGAAAGCUUGCAGAGAAAUACCCAUCAUUCAGAGAGAGGUCAGAGACGACUGAUCUCAUUGUGGAAAUUUCUUUGCAGCCUUGGAAUGCAUUCCAUCCUGAUGGGGUUAUUAUAUUCUCUGACAUCCUUACCCCUCUCCCUGCAUUUGGUGUCCCGUUUGACAUUGAAGAAGUAAAGGGUCCUGUUAUCCAGUCUCCAAUUUGUUCUGAAGAGGGAUUGAAAACACUGCAUCCAAUUGACUUGGAGAAACUUCAUUUUGUGGGGGAUUCACUGAGAAUUUUACGUCAAGAAGUUGGGGAUAAAGCAGCUGUGCUGGGUUUUGUGGGGGCUCCAUGGACAGUUGCUACAUAUAUAGUGGAAGGGGGUACUACGCGUACAUAUACGACCAUAAAGAGCAUGUGCCACACUGCACCACAUGUAUUGAGAGCUCUCCUUUCUCAUCUGACACAAGCAAUAUCUGACUAUAUCAUCUACCAAAUAUAUUCUGGGGCACAGUGUAUACAAAUAUUUGAUUCAUGGGGUGGGCAGCUACCACCUGAUAUGUGGGAGCUCUGGUCAAAGCCUUAUAUUGAAGAGAUUGUUGGUGCAGUAAGGAGGAAGUAUCCUCAAAUACCAUUAGUCCUCUACAUCAAUGGCAAUGGUGGCCUCUUGGAGCGCAUGAAGGGGACAGGGGUUGAUGUGAUCGGGCUUGAUUGGACAGUGGAUAUGGCAGAUGGGAGGACAAGAUUGGGAAAUGACAUCAGCAUACAGGGAAAUGUUGACCCAGCUUACCUGUUUUCUCCGCUUCAUGCAUUGACAGAAGAAGUUAAAAGGGUUGUGAGAUGUGCAGGGCAAAGAGGUCACAUCCUUAAUCUGGGGCACGGUGUGCUUGUUGGGACACCUGAAGAAGCAGUUGCUCAUUUCUUUGAUGUUGCAAGGAGCUUGAAGUAUGAUACAAAUUACCAAGACCGGGUUGAAGCAUCCAAACUUGUUGUCUGAAAUAGAGUUAGGGUAAUUGAGAAGGUUCACCUUUUUUUUCCCAUCAGUAGUUGGUUUCAAGUUCUAUUUGUCCUCCCCGUAGCAGUGGUAUCUUGACCUGGUUUUUUGGGGGUUCAAAAAUGAGUUACCGAUCCAGGUUGUGAGUUGUACAUAAUUUCCAGGUGAGGCUACCGGUUAUUUUCUUUUGUACCUCUAGCAAGUGACGUUUGGGUCGUUAUAAUAAAUACUCUUGUAUGUUAACACUUCUUUUCUGUAAUUUUUUGUGUUUGUGCGUCCACCAUUUGCAAAUAUGCUUAUCCACUAAGAGAAUGCACAAGUUUAGAUGUUUAA